AUGGCAAUUACUUUACCAAAUUGGUUAACUAGUUAUUUUCAAAGAUCAACAACGAAUACAUAUCAACCAAUAAACAAUCAACAAGAUAUAGAGAAUAAUAAUCUACCAGGUUCUUAUCCAUCUGAAACUGAUAAUCAACAAUUACAACAUGAAAAUUUCCAAAAAUUACACAACAUACUAUCAAAACUAACUCAUUAUUUUAAUUAUAUAGUAAUACAACCUAUUAUAAUUCUCCUAAUCAUUAUAUUCAGAUUAUUUUCUAAAUUAUUCAAUGUUUUAUAUUUCAAGGAUUCAACCUCAGAUGAUCCUAUCUCAAAAGUGAAUAAAUUUAUAUUAAAUUUAGAAGAUAAUUUAACUACCAAAGUUGAAUUACCUCCAUUUUAUCAAGGAAGUUAUACUCAAGCAUUAUAUAUGGCGACUCAACGUGGGAAAUUUUUAUUUGUAUUUUUAAAUAACUAUCAAAAUGAAAAUUCAACAAAUUACCACUCCAUAAUCACCAACAAAACAUUUUUGGAUCUUUUUAAGGAAUAUUCUUCUGAUAUUUUAAUUUGGGGCGGUGACUUAACAAAUCCAGAAAGUUAUCAAUUGGCUAAUUCUUUAAAUGUUUCUAAAUUUCCAUUUUUGGGUUUAUUAUGCUUAACUAGACAAACUCAAAUGACACCAGAAGGACCAAAAAAGACCCCGAGUAAAAUAUCCCUAAUUGGGAAGAUCCAGGGCUCUAUAAAAGCAAAUAAUGAUGAAGAAAUUAGACUGAUUAUUGAAAAUAAAUUUAUAAAAAAGAUAAACAAAUAUUCUGAAGAAUUAAAAUUGAUUAAAUUUGAAUUACAGAAUAAAUAUAUGAGUAAAAUUAUACAAAAACAACAAGAGAUAAACUAUGAAAAUAGUUUGAUGAAAGAUAAAAUAAAGAAACAAAAACAAGAAUAUGAAAAAUUAUAUAAAGAGUACUUAAUUUAUAAUAUUCCAAAAUAUGAAAAAUAUAACCAACAGAGUGAUGAUUGUGCUAAGAUUGCAAUUAAAUUGAAAAAUGGAAAUCGUAUAACUUGUUAUAUCCCACUGAAUAUGAAAAUUAUUGAUAUUUUCAUAUAUUUGGAUUUAUUAAAUAAGGGAUAUUUUAAUAAUAAACUAACUUCAAAUUUGACACAAAGAGAAGCUAAUGAGAAGUUUAAAGAUUUAGACUUGAGGUUUGAUUUUAAUUUGAUUAGUCCAUUACCUCCUAAAAUUUCAUUAAUUGAAAUUAAAGAUACAUUGAUAAAAGAUUGUAAUUUAAUUUACCCAAAUGGGUUAUUAAUAGUUGAAUAA